AUGGUGGCAGUGUUCUGCAAGCUGUUUGGGUUUGCAUGGAUCUUCCAAGAAGUGGAUGCAAGCACUGCUUGCCUUCCAAAUGCCAGAAGCCCAAGUCAAAGGAAUAAUUUGACCUCGAACAGCGAGUCCUAUCCCAUCGGCUUGUUCAUACAAGACUGGGAUGCUAACUAUGUGACGAGCAACGCCCUCCACAUCCUCUUAGAGGAGCUGCUGGGCUACAACGUCAUUCAGACGGGCCCGGGGUCCGCAACGCCAAAUGCCUUCUACGCCUUGAUGGGCUGCCCACGGCCCACGGACCUUCUGGAUGCGGGUUGUGCGCCGGACUUGGUAACCUACAACCACGUCAAUCUCGAGGUGUGGGCGGAGGACCAUGCUGCGCGAAUUCGCGAGAUCACGACGAAGUGGCCGUCCACAGCUCCGGUGGAUUUGGGCUCGAUGGGCUAUGACGGCACGAUUUCUACCUACUUUCCACGGUCUGUCCUCGUGGAGUCGCAUUUCGAGGAUGGGGCGGUGCUGCAGCACUACCGCGGCUGGAAUGCGUCGUGGAGCCACAACGAGAAGUACUUUGAUAGCCUCGCAUCCAUCGACCGAAGCCUUUUGCGCCCUUGCAAUGAAACUCGGUUCAUGGCCUCGACGCCCAAUGAGGACUACCUCAGGGUCACAGGCGAUAUGGCCGGGUUGCAGCGGCAGCCGAACGGAGACUUGGUGGCCUUCUGCCCGGACGGCUACUGGUGGCUAUCGCCGGCAUGCCGUGGCAAUGCCUCUCGAUGCAUCCCGUAUGUGACCGUUGGAGUGGGGUGGUUUGGCUUGGAUGAUAUGAUGCAAAAGGUCACGGCCUACGACAUGCCCGUGGCCAUUGCGUUGCCCAGGAGUUGGGCAGAGUUUCCGAAACAGGUCAAGAGCACCUUCUAUUGGUGGAUUCCCGAUGGAACAUUCGUGGACCUAGAUCCGGUGGACAUUACCUUCCCGCCCUAUGAUUUUAAUGCCUACCUGAUCGGAGACAAGCGAACCUCAGCCGCUACCACCGCGAUCACGAAGUUGGUGAGCCAAGACUUGUCUUCCUUGGCCCCAAAUGUCGUGGAGUUGGUUCGGAACAUGCGGUGGAACAAGAAGGACGUGAUGGACAUGAUGCGGGAAUGGAGGAAAACUGGUGACUCCCUCAGGGAUGUUGCGUGCCGUUGGCUUCAGGCCAACCCAAACUCCUGGUCCUCGUGGUUGCCGGACAAGACGAAAUGUUUCCCUGGGUUUGGUUUAUACAACACCAAGCUCGAGGCUUUCACGAACAUCAGGAACGACCCGAACGACCUUUCAUUUUUGGAAUGUCGGGCAUGUGUGUCGGGGCGCCACUCAGAACAGAUGGAGGAUGACAAAGGCAUGACCUAUGAAUGCAAGCCUUGUGAGCCGGGUACAAGCCAGCCUUCUGGUGCGGCGCUUGUGUGCGAGCCAUGCCAGCUCGGAGAGUAUCAGAACAAUUCGGGCAGCCAGAGCUGCAACAGAUGCGACAUUGGCCAGUACCAGGACCAAAAAGGCUCGUCCUGGUGCCAUUCCUGCGAUGGUGGAACGACCCUGGGCUUUGGCUCAAUCUCAAGGGCAGACUGCGGUUGCCCGGCUGGGUACAUCAAUGUCGAGAGCAACGCGAGUAACCUGAGCUGUGUGGAGUGUGGCGAGGGGUUUGACUGUCCAGCUCUUUCUACACUUACUAGCCUGAUCUCGGGCAGCUCCACUUUAGGUGACCAGUUCGUGCCAUCCGUGCGGGAGAACUUCUACAGCGUCCCCGAGGAUCCCUUAGCGGCGUACCGGUGUUUGGGCGAAUUUCGCUGCCCUGGCGGAGCACCCGGGAGCUGCAGCAGCAGUCUCCAAGGAACCGCAUGUACCGACUGCCCUCAGGGACAAUCUUGGAGCAAUGAGACCUGCACGGAGUGCACCACAUGGCAAAUCUUCGGAUGGGUUGCUGCGAUUGUCCUGGUCUGCACCGGCUUGAUUGUGUCAUACUACGCCCUGACAUCACAGUCGACUGCCAAGGCAUCUGUGCUGUUUACCACGACCUGUGCAUUUGGGAUGACGAUCAAUGCGCUACAAAGUGUUGGAAUCAUUGGGAUGAUGACGGUGAAGUUUCCGGCUAACCUCACGGGCAUCUACGAGUUCUUCCAAAUAUUCCUCCUGGACAUCGACAGCCUCGGCUUCGGAUGCAUCGCAGGGGGCUUCGUGCCCUUGCGCUACAUCGCCUCAGCCUGCUUCUUCCCUGGAGCGGUCCUGUACCUCCUUGUGUGCCAACGAGCCUCCUACUGCUUGCCCUUUGAGUACCGAUGGGCGGGGCCGAAGACCUGGAGUUGCAUUGGCGCGGUGCUGCAGGUGGGCUUCAGCACCAUGAGUACUAUAGCCUUGGCGCCGCUCAUGUGCUUCAGCCACCCGAACGGAGUGCACAGCGUCCUGAAAUACCCCAGCAUUACGUGCGGCACGCCGGAUCACACCCUGAUGCUGGUAGCCGGCCUGCUCCUUCUACUGUUUUUCGUUCUCGGCUUCCUGACCGUUUGCACAUAUGCAGUGUUGGUUGUACCAACAUGGAGCAGCAAGGACCAGGGUGACAGGGUGCAAGCCUUCCGCUUCUUGCUCGGUCGAUUUCGCUUGGAUAGCUGGUGGUUUGGGGUGGCGCUGCUGGCGCGCGGUCCGUUGAUGUCUUUGCCAAUUGCAUUGGCAACUGACUAUCCCCCAGUUCAGAUCGUAUCCGUGAUGCUGAUUUUCAUGAUCUUUCUGAUCAUGGAAACGCGGGCUUGGCCGUGGAAGGUGCCGCUCCUGAACGUGUUGGACUGCUUCACUGGCUUUUGCAUCAUCGUUUUGGUGGCCUCAAAUGCCCUCCACAUCGGCACUGUUGAGGGGGCUAUGAAGCUUUUUGUGGAUGCUCUUGGUACUGUGACGAUGGGUCUACUUGGAACAGUGAUAUUUCUACUACUGAUCAUGACGAGCUGCGCCCUCUGCUUUCAGGCAGCGCUUGGUGGGCAGAAUGAGUUGUGCAUGUUCAACUUGCAGACGCUGCCGCCCGCGAGCCUCGUCACCGCAACCCUGCAAAGCACCGCGUCGAAACUUGCACAGCUUGAGAGCUUUGAGGUCUCAAGAAGUGUGAGUAGGUUGGCAGUCUACGACGUCAACCUGUUGCUCUCCGCAGCCGCACUCAUAGCUUCCGAAGUCACCUUCGACCAAAACUCGCCCCAGUACAGGCGUCGGAUCAGGUCCAGCUCCUUUGCACCUACCGGAAGUGUGGACUCCCGCGCGCAAGUUCCACAAGGCCAAAAAGACCAGAAAGAUAAAGAUCUUUGCCAGGAUGAAAAGAAUGACGAGCCCGUGGAGAGCAACACUGCAGAGCCUGACAAAGUGACUCGGGUGAUGUACGUUUACGUUUGA